CUGCGGGGCCGGGCGGAGCGGGGCGGAGGAGCGCGGCCAUGGCGGCGGCCCCGGCGGAAGCCGAGACCCGGCAGCGGCUGCUGCGCACCGUCAAGAAGGAGGUGAAGCAGAUCAUGGAGGAGGCGGUGACGAGGAAGUUCGUGCAUGAGGACAGCAGCCACAUCAUCUCCUUCUGCGCUGCUGUGGAAGCCUGUGUCCUGUACGGCUUGAAGCGGAGGGCGGCAGGGUUCCUGCGCAGCAACAAGAUAGCAGCUCUCUUCAUGAAGGUGGGCAAGAGCUUUCCGCUGGCAGAGGAGCUCUGCAAGAAGGUGCAGGACCUGGAGCAGCUCAUCGAGAAUGCACGAAAUCAAGUUCAGAGCAUCCCAGAGAACGUGCGCAAGGUGCCGAAGCUGCCCAACCUGUCUCCUCAGGCCAUCAAACACCUCUGGAUCCGAACAGCCCUCUUUGAAAAGGUCUUGGAUAAAAUCGUGCAUUACUUAGUAGAGAACAGCAGUAAGUACUACGAGAAAGAAGCUCUCCUGAUGGAUCCUGUGGAUGGACCGAUUCUCGCAUCUUUAUUGGUGGGUCCCUGUGCACUGGAGUACACCAAGAUGAAGACAGCCGACCACUUCUGGACAGACCCCUCGGCCGACGAGCUGGUUCAGAGGCACCGGAUCCACAGCUCGCACUGCCGGCAGGACUCGCCCACCAAGCGCCCGGCGCUCUGUGUGGAUCUCUUCCAGAUUCAGAAAAGGCAUUCAAGCGGCAGUAUGGACGACCGGCCAUCGCUGUCCGCCAGGGACUACGUGGAGUCGCUGCACCAGAAUUCCCGGGCCACGCUCCUGUAUGGCAAAAACAAUGUCCUGGUGCAGCCACGAGACGACAUGGAGGCGAUCCCGGGAUACCUGUCCCUUCACCAGACUGCCGACAUCAUGGCAUUGAAGUGGACUCCCAACCAGCUGAUGAAUGGCUCCGUGGGGGAUCUGGACUACGAGAAGAGCCUAAGCUCUAAAACUUCCCAGUGUCAAGAUGUGACCAAGGAAGAGAGGAGUCGGAUGACAAACGUGUACUGGGACUAUGCCAUGACUAUUCGCCUGGAGGAGAUCGUCUAUUUGCACUGCCACCAGCAAGUAGACAGCGGCGGAACGGUCGUCUUGGUGAGCCAGGAUGGGAUCCAGAGGCCUCCGCUGCGGUUCCCCAAAGGAGGGCACUUGCUGCAGUUCCUGUCCUGCCUGGAGAACGGCCUCCUGCCCCACGGGCAGCUGGACCCACCCCUCUGGUCACAGCGGGGAAAGGGGAAGGUGUUUCCCAAGCUGAGGAAGCGAAGUCCCCAGGGCUCCUCCGAGUCUGCAUCCGACAAGGAAGAUGACGAAGCCACAGAUUAUGUUUUCAGAAUAAUCUACCCAGGGACGCAGUCUGAAUUCGUUACCAUUAAUGGUAAUUUUCACCCAUUCCUUGCGUCUGUGAUCUCCAUCUCUGCUGGGAGAAGGAAGACUGCAAGGACUCCGGCUGCAGGCAGGAUGGUGGUGAUCCACAAACGGUCUCCGAAUCUCUCCACCGCAUCCCGACCCCGGCUUGUGGCUCUGCGGGCCACUCAGCAUCAGUUGCCCCAGGACCUGAUGGACGCGCAGGGUGCUGGCCUGCCUCCCAUGUGGCAACCCAACACCCGCAAGUCCUCCUGCUCCUCCUGCUCUCAGAGCGGCUCCUCUGACGGGGGGCCGUCCAACGGCUGCAGCCACGAAAGAGCUCCACUGAAGCUCCUGUGUGACAAUAUGAAGUACCAGAUCCUCUCCCGGGCUUUCUAUGGCUGGCUGGCCUAUUGCAGACACCUCUCCACGGUGCGAACCCACCUCUCGGCCCUGGUUAACCACAACAUCGUGUCUCCUGACGUGCCCUGCAACGCUAGCUCAGGACUGACUGUGGACAUAUGGCAGAAGUACCUGGAGGACAGCACGAGCUAUGAGGACCAGGAGCUGCUGCGGCUGAUCUACUACGGUGGGAUCCAGCACGAGAUCAGGAAGGCUGUCUGGCCCUUCCUCUUGGGCCACUAUCAGUUUGGGAUGACAGAAGCAGAAAGGAAAGAGGCCGACGACCAGAUCCGCACGUGCUACGAGCACACCAUGGCGGAGUGGCUGGGCUGCGAGGCCAUCGUCCGCCAGAGGGAGAAGGAGUCGCACGCCGCAGCCCUGGCCAAGUGCUCCUCUGGGGCCAGCCUGGACUCCCACAUUCAGAGGAUGAUGCACAGAGAUUCCACCAUCAGCAACGAGUCCUCGCAGAGCUGCAGCUCCGGCCGACAGAAUCACGCCCGGCUGCAGAGCGACUCCAGCUCCAGCACGCAGGUGUUCGAGUCGGUGGACGAGGUGGAACAGACCGAAGCAGAUGCUCAGCUGGAAGAUGGAAAACAAAGCAAGAUCCCCAACGGGAACGUUCCCAACGGCACGUGUUCGCCUGAUUCUGGCCAUCCCUCUUCCCAGAACUUCUCCAUUGCGUCGGGAUUCUCGGAACGCAGCUUCAGCAACGAGGACAGCGCCCUGGAAACCAACAAGUCCUCAGCCAGCUCGCAGGGGAAGGCUGGUGGGUCCGACACCACGGCCCCGCAGGACCUGGAUGGGGCUGCGCAGGAGGAAAAGCUGCAGGGUCAGGACAGCUUGGAGGGUGAAUUUCCCAGCGGUGGAAGCCUGGACUUCGUUCCUGUGGGGGAGAGCUCAGCAGGGGUCCUGCGUGGGCGUGAUGCCGUGGCCCUGACUGUGGUAGAGAGCUGGGCAGACAGUGAGGCCGAAAAGCAAAGCUUGGUGGAGAGUGAGGACAACCUCUCUGAGGAGCCAGAGAUGGAGAGCUUGUACCCGCAGCUGGAUUCCCUGGCUGUGACGGAUCUGGCCAACAGCGAAGCAUCUCCUGUCUCCUCGACGGGUGUCACCUACUCUCCGGAGCUACUGGACAUGUACACGGUGAACCUGCACCGCAUUGAGAAGGACGUGCAGCGGUGCGACCGCAACUACUGGUACUUCACCCCCGCCAACCUGGAGAAGCUGCGCAACAUCAUGUGCAGCUACAUCUGGCAGCACAUUGAGAUUGGCUACGUGCAGGGGAUGUGUGACCUGCUGGCCCCUCUCCUGGUCAUCCUGGAUGAUGAGGCUCUGGCUUUCAGCUGUUUCACGGAGCUGAUGAAAAGGAUGAAUCAGAAUUUCCCCCACGGGGGAGCCAUGGACACCCACUUCGCUAACAUGAGGUCCCUGAUCCAGAUUCUGGACUCCGAGCUCUUUGAGCUGAUGCACCAGAAUGGUGAUUACACUCAUUUCUACUUCUGCUACCGAUGGUUUCUCCUCGACUUCAAGAGAGAGCUGGUGUACGAUGAUGUGUUCGCCGUCUGGGAGACCAUCUGGGCAGCUGCACACGUUUCCUCCACACACUACGUGCUCUUCAUAGCCCUGGCUUUGGUGGAAAUGUACCGGGACAUAAUCUUGGAGAACAACAUGGAUUUUACAGACAUCAUCAAAUUUUUCAAUGAAAUGGCCGAGCGGCACAACACCAAGCAGAUCCUGAAGCUGGCUCGGGACCUGGUGUACAAAGUCCAGACUUUGAUCGAGAACAAGUGAAGGACGUGGAGAAGACGAGGCAUCCAGACAAAGAGCCAGGACUCCUCUUCAAUGCUUCCUCUCCCUCUCCUUUUUCGUGCCGUGCUGCGCCUGUGGAAGGAAGGCAGUUGGACACAGGCUGCUGUGUAAGCCGCAGGUAGCCCCAGCUCUCCCAGUGCUGUGUGCAGUGGUAGGUCUGGGGGCCCUGGCUCAGAUCUUCGCAGCAUUCUCCAGUGACUUAACCAAAGAUCUGUACAAUCACAUUUUAUUGCUAAAGACUUCUUUGGAAGCAGGACCGGGCAGUGGCUUCCUUGCCUGGCUGCAGCGGAGGUGCGGCACGUGGGUUACCACCACGGCUGCAGAGGCAGCUGCCAGCAGCAUCCCAGGUCGGAGCUGGGGGGCUGGGAGAGCUGGGCUGCCAGCCCCCUGGGGGGCUCCCUUUGUUGGCAGGAAAUCGAGCUGCUUCCUUCGGCAGCCCUUACCAUGGCAGGGGGAAGCUGGGCAGCCCUGCAGGCCCAGGCAGGGCAGGGAUGCUGCCAGUACUUGGUUUCUUACAUGUGUUAUGAGGCUCUGCCAGUAACAGAGGGACUUGGAUCACAGAAACUACUCUUCUUUUGGUCUUGUCCCUCGAUGCAUAGCAUUUCCUUUAGUGUUUUUAGGGCUCCGUUCUCUCCUUGGGAUUUUUACAUUGUUUGUUACUACAGUAUCUGAGCACACAAGAGUUUUGUUUGGGAAUGGAUUUUCGGAAGAGCUCCAAGGUCAGCAUUGGGUUUCUCUUUCAAAAUCCAGCCUCUGUAACACACUCUGAACACUGAAAAAUCUGGUCCUAGCCUCAUCUGGGAGCUCUAGUCUUGAGGUUUUUGUACCUGCCUUACUCUAGCUGCUUGUGUUAGCAGUCUGGUCUCCUGAUCGUUCUUCUGCAACCCGUGUUAGGGGAGAGCACCUUGGAAGGCAAGUCAGAGCUCCUGACUUAUGUGACUGUCCUGACUUUUCCCUCUGAAGGUGCCUGUCUCUUCCUCUGGUAAUCAAAAGACCAGCUGCUUACAUCCAAACAGUGCAAACAAUCCCUUGGUGCCUGCAGGUUUUCUGUGUGCUUACGGGGCUGGUUGCAAAGCCCUCUAAGUCCACUGAAAGUCUCCUGUUAGGUCCUGGUGGGCUGCUUUUACCUGCGAAGGACCAAAUAGGCCAAGGUCCCUGAGUGGUCUUUGCUUUCGGAAGAUGCACUUCUGUGGCCACCUUUCCUGCAGCGGCUCUCCAGCAUUGCACCCCUGGAGCACGCUGCAUGAAGUGCCUCUCCAGCACUACCAGCGUGAGAGCUGAGCUGCUGUGCCGUGCUGUGGCUGUGUUAGGGAGGGUUUGGAUUCAUUUUUCAACUCAGGUAAUUAAAAAUAAAAGGAAAAGGAGAAGUGUGGGUUAGUGGCAGGCCCAGUUCAGCCAGAGGGAGAUUCGCCAUGGCCACAGAAAGCUGCCCUGAAGGUGUGCUUUCAGCAGCGGGGAAGAUGCUGGUCUGUGGCUCUCUUUAAGGGUACUUUCUCUCAAGUUUUGCUGCAAAAAUCUGUGUUCCCCCUCCAUGCAAUGUGUGAUGUGUGCGUGCUGUCCUCCUCCCCUCUGCAGGAUAAGGGCCUGCUCUCCUCUCGCCGAUGGAGCGCUGCUCGCCAGCAGGGCAGAGGGGCCCUUCCCUGCCCUUCCCUUCCCUUCCGUGGGACGCCUGUCCGUGCUGCUGUACUCUGUAUUUACUUGUGGCGUGUUAGAUGUUGCUUGAACAGAAAAGAAACAAAGCUGCAGAAGAGAAAACUUGCUUCAGAAGUUCUGCAGUGUGCGGUGAAGCAGUGUGAGUAAGUCAGCUACUCCUUCUGCAGCGCUGGGACGCGGGGCUCCCAGCUAUCAAAGUAGGGAACGGUGCAUCCCAACAUCUGCAGGGAACGGGACUGCAGCAGGGGGUGAGUGAUGGGGAGCCUUUCAUUUCUUACAAGGCCAACAGGCAAAAGGUGUUACCAGCAGUCUAGGUAGGAAAUGAUUUGAAGUUUUCUACAUGAAACCUCCAAAGAGUGCUUGGUCUGCAGUCUGCGGUAGCACAGGAAACAAAAGCAUUUGAGCUGUGAAUCUGCACGUUUCCGUGUGAUUCUCUCCUUUUUCCGUAAAGUGGGCAGCUCGUGCCCUCCCUGCCAGCCUGUUCCUGCUCUGUCUAGGUCUUGGGGCAGGCAAACAUCUGCCUGCGUAACCUCUUCCAAAGGGGAAGGGAAAGUGCUCUGCCCUUCCCUCUCAGAGGGACGAGCACCAAUGGGUGAGCUAAAACACAGUCCUAACAAGCAACAUCGCUGACACUUUUAUCUUUUAAGCUUCUGUUUUUCUUUUCUUGGUUUUUAAACAAAAGCAGCCAAGAAAAUCUGCACAAUAUUUGCUGUCUGUAUUAACUGAGAGUGUCUUUGGGCCGCUCAAUAGCAGUGUUUUUUGAAUAACUUCUGGGGGGAAAAAAGUAUUUAUUUAUUGAUUGUACAUUACUGUGUGUCCUUGUAUACUGGAGUACAUGAGUGUGCGUUGUUAUGCAAACGGAGAUAUCUCUUUUCAAUGUUGCAAACAUAUCUUGUAAAUGUUUACCAGAAAAUUGUGUCUAUAUAUAGUAUAUAUAUAUACAGUAUAGAGAGAAAUAUGUGAAUUAAGCGGGUUAUUUUUUGAGGGGGGGAGAAGAAAUCUAUUGCUUCAAGGACCGCGUGGUUUCUCUAGCACCCGUUCCAUGAUGUGCCAAUCUGUCCCUGCCCCGUGCUGGGCCACGUGUGCUGCACGGCAGCAGGAGGCUCAGAGCAGAACCGUCGUGACCUCAGCUCGGCUUGAUUUUAGUUCUGACUUUAAAACUGUGGAAAAGAAGGAAAAAAGGAGUGUGGAGGGGGAAGCUUUGUUCCCGCACAGCGCUGAGUGGGGUCCACGUGGGCAGAGCCCUGCCCAAGCUGUGCGGGGUUUUGUGCUGGCCCUGGGUCAGUUUAGGAUUAUAUUCUGUGCCCGGCUCUCCUGCAGCCAGGGCUGACCUUCUGGGCUCAGUUUUGAGUGUCAGGACUCACAGCUUCUCCCCACAGCAGCUCUGCCCUUGGUGACCCCCCUGGCAGGAGGCUGUCCCACCAGGAGCUUUGCUUUUUUGUGGAGGUGUGCACUGAAGGGCCUGAGCACCAGGAGUCUGGGCCUCGAGGUCUGUUCCAAGGUUAAAAGUGACCAAAGUCUAAGGAAAGGUUCUUGCUGUCCACCUGGUCACAGGACUCAGCCUCUGCCACCCUGCCCCUCCGCUCGGUGCCACGAGAUGAAGAUAAAGCCUCGCUCUGCCCGUGCAGCGCGGCUGUGCAGCCAGAGGUUUCCUGCUCGUGCUGGGGGAGAAGCCUGCCCAUAUAGAGUAAUCUUGUCCGGCUCCGGGAGAGGGAAUGCUUCAUCCUCGCAGCCCUGCAGCUGCGAUUCACCCCUUGUGAGCUCUGCGGGACCAGGGCCCGAGCUGCCUGGCUCCGCACCGCUGGCAUCUCCCUGCUCCUUCACACCCCUGUGCUGGAGCUGCUCAGCUCUCAGAUCCUCCCAGAUCGUCUCGGUGUGUUUAAACGCUGGCAGGGUUUGAAUCCCAGCCCUGCUUUUCCCCGAGGGAGUCACUGAUGGAUCCUUGCUGCGUUUGAGCUUUCUGCUGGUGCAAGCUGCCAAAUAACUCCCGGUACCCAUCUCUUUCAGUGUUGCUAAUGUGAACACCUUACGAGUUGUCUUUGUUCCUAAAUGUGUGACUUUUAUAGGAGUUUUUCUUACUUGUGUUGGCUCUCCGGAUUGCUUAGGUACUGACACUUUUCAUGAAGACUGGAGAGGGGUUUUUGCCUGGGACCUUCCUGCUGCCACCCUGUGCUGCUCUCAUCCAGCCCCUUUCUGAACAUCCCUGAACACAGCCAGACACAGCUCGUGUUGUAACCAGAGCCAGCAACACACGUGCAGGUAUCAGCAACGCUUCUCACUGAUAAAUAAAAAACAUAUCACGAGGAGUGACUGCUCGUAAUGUGGUCGCUUGGAAUCGUAGUUCUGCUCUGGGCAAGCUGUGAGCCCGUGCCUAAAUCCCCCCUUGGAGACAGACACAAGCCUUGCGGCAGGCUUGUGGCCAGGAACAAAUGUAUGGGAUGAGGUUCUUCUUACUCUUUCUUCCUUAUUACGUUUAUUUGUUUUUAAAAAUCUGGAUGGGUAGUUUGCCUUUCUUCCCCCGUUUCUUUUGAGUAGUUGGCUAAGUCUCUGCACUGGGAGUUGCUGUGGCACACAGUCCUCAAAACAGAUACGGGACCAGUUCUAGGAUUCUCAUUGUGUAAGCUUACUUUAAAAAACACCUUCCACUAUUCUAAACAGCCGCUCUGUACCGGGGCACUGCUGGCUCGUGGUGGCCUCUGAGCCCGUUCCUCAGUGGGACCACGGUGAUUGUCAUUUCGUCAAACACUUGUCAACUCCAUUUGGGACUUUUCACUUCUGGGCACAUUUUCUGCAUUUUAGUAUUGCGUGAGCACAAAUUGGAAGUGAAAGAGCACAAUUUACAGAUGAAGUGACAAUUUCCAGCAGUAGGGCCAUGCCGUAACUCACCAAAACCACUUUUCAGAUUCCUUAUAAGCAUUUUCGGACACCCUGAAGUAGAUAAAAUGCCACUUACUGUUGCGUGCUGCUUCAGGCACUCAAAUGAUCUUCACUCAAGGUCAUUAUCCUCAUGGCCUGCCAUGAAGUAAACACACAUUGCUGAUUAAGGCACCUGAGGUCUUGGUGAGCUGCACUCACCUCAUUUAUGCUUAUGGUGGCCAUGGGCCAACGCCACGAUCGUUUUGGUGCCGUAGCCACGCUUUCCUACAGCUUGGAGUGCUUGGAUUUCUUCUGAACUUUGAAUCUUGAAUUUCCUGGAGAAUGUCUGCCGGUGGAAUAGCCAUAUCCUUCUUUCCAUAUCCUGCAGGUUUAGUUUACCAAUAAGCAUAUUCAACCUUAAAUUCUGGCUCAGUAGUUGAGCAACUUCCUCUUAAAAACUGAUCUUGCACACGGAGGCCGAGCAGGGAGCACGGUGGUGGAGCUGUGGGUGAUGCCACAUGGAGCCAGACCCCAAGCAGGCCCCAGGGGGCUCUGCAGCUCCCCCUCAUCAGAGACCCCCACACCCGCUCCCUGCACAGGGCUGGCUGUGGAUGGCCACUGCAGUGGGAGGGGUCGGAUGGGGGCUGCUUCCCAUCAGCUUCUUUGUAGGAAUGGGAAAAUGCUCAACAGAGAAACUCCUGGGUAAAAAGCUCCACUUAUCAGGGUGGGUUUUUAUUUGUUUGUUUUUCAUAAAUCAAUGCUAAAGUUUGAACUAUGCACAAGAUCUCUAAAAGUCCCUGGAAUUUUACGAAUCGGUGUGGCUUCGCUGCUAGGGAAGGUAAAGAAAUAAAAAUCCUGACACUGGAUACUGAGAUACUAAAAAUGUCAUUUUUGUGAACGCAUAAGCAAAUCUACUUAAAUUCUCAGAAAUUCAGUCUCCUCUUAGAGACUUUCCAGGCACCAGGGAAGGAGAAAGCUGUAUUUCAGAAACAGAAUUAAGUAAAAACUGUUGAAAAUCCAUCUCAGAUGUAACCUUAGACCCACGAUUGUUGCUUCCCUCGUGCUAAAAUGUGUUCCGGAGAGCUGGGCAGGGUGCACGGGUGCUGUUGGGCUGUCACCUGCUGCAGCUGUGGUGGCAGCGCCAGGUAAUGAACCGAGCUCUGGGGGACGAGGAUUUGCCUCUCAACAGCGGGGUGCUGAAUGUAUUCGAUGUUCUGGUGUUAGACUUUUCUGUUGCCCUACACUGAAUUGCUGCUUUUCUAUGUUGGAUGCCAUUUUGGUCUCUGGGAGUUGCUCAGCCUGAGGUGAACGAGCACUAUAGCUUUUACUCUAUUUGUAGAAGUGCUGCUACUGUUCUUAGAUUUGAACUCCACACUGUGGUAUGUUUUUUAUUAUUUUAUUCAUGCUUUUUUUUUUUUUUAAUGUAAACCGUUCUUUAUCGUUGUUCAGAAAGAAAAAAUUAAAGCUCUAUUCUCUAUGGUUGAUGUAUUUUCAGAUCAAUAAAACCCUGGUUGUUCUUUC